AUGACAGCUGGCAUGCUGGGAGGCCGAGCCCAACGCCGACAGAGACAAGCUGAGGAGAGCCUGAGACCAUAUAUCGGCAGAGUGGAGCCCGAAAAGCUUUGUGAGUUGCUGAAAUGCCACAGUCCAGUUGGAUCUUGGUGCCAAGUGGUUGAGGAAGACGGAGUCCUGGUCCCCAAGUGUGUUUGUCCUCAGUCCUGUCCACGGCAGAGGGCACCAGUGUGCAGUAUUCUGGGAAAAACCUACAAGAAUGAGUGUGUGCUGCACAAAGCCGCCUGCAGGAAGAGACGCCGCACUGGACUGGCUCACACAGGCCCCUGUCUUGUCCCAAAGGAUAAAUGCACUGAGGACGAGCUGGGCCAGUUUCCAUAUCGUCUGCUGGACUGGUUUCUGCUCCUGAGUCGAAUGGGAGAGUCCUACGCACCUGCUGCCCGGCCUCAGACCUGCCUCAGCCACGCCCAGAGGACGCACCUGGCACAGAAAAGAUUUGCUCUUCUGGACAAGAACAAAGACGGCAAGUUGAGCCGCAGGGACCUGAGGAAGCUGCGUUACAAGAGGAUGCCGCUGGAGCACUGUGCCACGCCAUUCUUUCAGUCAUGUGACCAGAACAAGAACAGGAAGGUGACCCUGCGGGAGUGGACGGCCUGUCUGGUGGAUCGCUCCGAGGCCUGGUUCUUCAAUUUCAUGGCAGUGAGAAUGGGUUCCCGCAAACUGUGUCCUACGAUGAAAGAGCACAACUUCUGACCUGAGAAAAUCAAUCCCUGCAUCUCUACCGUGCCUUAACAUCAUCAACCUUACCUGAUUAAAAUAAGACGUAUCUGCACACGAGGGUCACUCAUCUGUGUCACUCUGCAUUUGUA